AUGAAAGCUCUCUUAGUGUUUGCCUUGUUCAUGGCCUUGGUCACCACCAAUCUCUCAGCCGCCGAUGAAUCUUUGUUAGUUGACAAUAACGAUGAUCGUAGCCGAGUCGGACCACCUUCUAGGAGCCGGUUUCUUGCUCGGAAACAUCGGGGAGCGAUGACAUGUAAUGAAUACCCGAGAGUGUGCGGUGUGGUGGGCAGCCCGGGGCCUGAUUGCUGCAAGAGAAGAUGCGUGAAUGUGGAGAAGGACAGGCUUAACUGCGGGAAGUGUGGUAGGAAGUGCAAGCACACGGAGAUUUGCUGCAACGGGAACUGUGUGAAUCCCAUGUCUGACAAAUGGCACUGUGGGGGUUGCAACAACGGCUGUGACAAAGGAAGUAAAUGUUUGUUCGGGAUGUGCAGCUAUGCGUAG